GUUACUGACUACUCGUAUACUCGACGUGUGUUGAUGUUAUUGUUAGUAUUUACCAUUUACUUAUUUAGUACCUACUCAGUAAUUGUGUCCUUCGUUAAACCGUUGUUUGUUGAGUUCAAAAGUUGAUGAUUUUUAAAAGAUUAACAACAUUUUCAAGACCACGUUUUGUUAAGUUAAUCAUUCGCACAAUGUCUUCUUCAGCAUUAGAGAAAAUUCCAGACGUAGAUAUUGAUGACAAAGGCCGUUAUAAAUACAUUUUGAUUAAGGUUACAGAUCAAAAUGAUUCUUCUAACCUAUCAAAAUAUGUUGUACGGGGUGGUCAAAGAUUUGACUUCCAUGCUGACGUCUAUGAUAAUUUCAAAAAAUGCGUGAAACCAGACGAACUAAAUGUCACGACUAGAAUUCUGGGAGGUGGCUGGUUGGAACACGGCGAAAAAUCCAUUCUCGUCGAAGGCGCAUCUGUUCCUGCAGGAGAAAAUCCUCAUGUCCGAUCCCGUGCAACGAAUCUACUAGUUCGACAAAUUAUUCAAUACGGGCCGGCCGAUCAUUCCAUUACAGCAAAUAUUUUGAAGAAAGCUUUUCCGGAUUUCGAAAUAUCAUGCAACAACACGUCAUGAAAAUUAAACUAAAAUCAUGACAUUAUUAUAAUAUAUUUUAUAUUAAUUAAUCAUGUCAUUUUCGUAUACCUAUUACAAUAAUAAAUAAUAAAAGUAAAAAAAUAAUGUCUUUCGGUUUGUCAACAAUACUUGGCCAAGAAUGAGUUCGUCCAACUGCGUAAACUUAAGUUCAAUAUAACAAAUACAUUUUUUAAAAAAAUAUCAAGUUUACCUUUUUUUAAUGGAACACAUAUAGUUAUGGAGCGGAGGGGGUUUGUGGCGGAAAGCUUAAAGUAGAAUAGUGUACAAAAAAAAUAUCCCUCAUUUUUUUCCAUUCCACAUUGUAAUCUUUUACAAGCUUUUCGAUUAUGUCUUAAAACAGCAUCAUCCUCGUUCAAGUUACAUAUACAAUAUAUAUCUUAUUCGUGUCGGUAUUUAUAAUUUCAAUAAACAGUAUUAACUUGUUUUGUGAACAUUUUA